UGAUUAAUCACUGAUGUCAUAAAGGUGACAGGUGAUAUCAGACUAGAGUUUAUAAACCAGGUUUAUAUCAGUGACCGGUAACUGUGCUGGGCAACGCUUCACUACAGAUCACAGGUUUCCACGUGUAAUGCAGCAGAAUGAAAUUCUAUAUCCUGUUCGCGUUGGCCUGUGUUUGUCCUGUCGCUUUUAGCCACAACCGCUACAUCGCCAUACCAGUAUCGGCACUUAUAAAUGGCAAACCUAACCGUGAGGGAACCGCUGUUGUAUACGAUAUCAAUCCGCUCCAGGUGCGUGAUCCUGGGACAGCAGGUCGUAGCAGGUCUAGCUCGACAUCGACUGCUGUUAGACGGACAAGUACAACAGGAGGACGUUUGGGAGGGAGAUCAGCUGUGACGUCAACUGCUGUUAGAAACAGCGGGUCUGGUUCUAUUCGGAGGAUUGCAUCAGGUACACCGACUGGUUCUAUUCGGAGGAUUGCAUCAGGUACACGGGCUGGUUCUAUUCGGCGGGUCGCGGGAGGUACACCGAGGGGAACUGUUAAUAUGAUUACACGCCCACCUGCCAUUACAAGAACGGUUGGUUAUUUACCAAGUGGGACCGGUGCAUACGUCAAUGGCAAUGUACGGUAUAUCAGUUCCGUGUCGCCAAGCUAUACUUCCGGUUAUGUCAACUCGGUUUACCAGCCGCACAUCGUAGCUGGCUUGUCAUAUCAGCCAAGUGCUACCUCUACGGGAUAUUACGUCAGACGGCCUAAUGUCCAAAGAGCAUCUUAUGUGUUGAAUGCUGCAAUACAACAACCAUUUACCAACAGCCAGUACCUGGGAUUGCCUCAGUACCAAUCAUAUAUGCAUAACCAGCCAUUGUAUCGAUCAAUUCUCUGAGCAGAAUUUAUCGGCCAAUGCAGACCUCAAGGAUGGAUUCUGUAACAAAAAGAUAUUCACCAACUGUAUCUAACUUGUAUGGUAAUUCUUGCGUUUUUAGCGAACAAGCUUGUGGUAGGCAGCCAUGAAAUAACCUCAAGACAAUGCAACAGAAAAUGGUAACCAUCAACGUUUGUGUGAAUAUAAACAGUGCAAAUGAGACAAGAAAUCACCAUAUAUGAAACCGCAAGUAUCGCAGGUUAAUUGCAAGGACACUGACUUGGAUUAAUUAAUACCAGUGUUUGUUUUCUUUUCGGUGUUUGCUGUCAUGGAUACCUAGCGAACACUGCGAAUAAAGACCUUUCUCCUCAAA